UUAAAAAUAUUUAUUUAUUAUAUCAUCCACAUCGCACCGGAGUAAAUAAACAGUAGUUUGGGUGGUCAACUUGAGUGUUUGUGAGCUCGGAUCUAUCUGAAUGGGGCAAGCGCUGUCGCGAAUUCACCGUAUGAUUGUUUCGAGCAGUGUAAAAGAGAAAAAGAAAAACACAGCAAUCUCGCGAGUUCAACCUUUAGCCAUGGCUAGCAAUUGUUCAAUAGAAGGACCACUAGUGGAGGAGUUCACUUACCAAGCAGGAUCAGCUCCCUUCAAGAGUUGUCAUGCUUCUACCAUUGUUGAGGUUGAUAAGGAUCAUUUUUUGGUUGCCUAUUUUGGGGGUACAUUCGAGGGGGCACCUGAUGUGAAAAUAUGGGUGCAGACUUACAAGAAUGGAAGAUGGCAAGCACCUGUAAUUGCUGAUGAAGAACCAAAUGUUCCUAUGUGGAACCCUGCACUGUUCAAACUUCCAUCAGAUGAGCUACUUCUGUUCUAUAAAAUAGGCCAAGAAGUUCAAAAGUGGAGUGGAUUCAUGAAACGCUCAUAUGAUAAAGGCAAAACUUGGACAGGAAGAGAACAGCUUCCUCCUGGUAUAUUAGGACCUAUAAAGAAUAAGCCCAUUUUGCUAGAAAAUGGUAAUUUACUAUGUGGAUCAUCCGUUGAAAGUUGGAACUCUUGGGGUGCCUGGGUGGAGGUAACAACAGAUUUUGGUAGGUCAUGGAGCAAGCAUGGCCCAAUUUACAUUGAAAAUAAACCUCUGAGUGUGAUUCAACCAGUACCUUAUCAGACUGCAGAUGGGAAACUACGUGUUUUGCUACGAUCCUUUGAUGGCAUUGGUAGAGUAUGUAUGUCAGAAUCAUCUGAUGGUGGCAAGACCUGGGGAUAUGCAAAACCUACUCAGCUCCCUAACCCAAAUUCAGGUAUUGAUGGGGUUAAGCUUAGAGAUGGCCGGUUAUUGCUUGCUUAUAAUACUGUAUCAAGGAGUGUGCUUAAAGUGGCACUCUCUAAGGAUGAUGGUGAUUCCUGGUGUGAGGUUCUCACAUUAGAGGAUACAUCGGGAAUGGAAUUCUCAUAUCCUGCUGUAAUCCAGGAUAGUGAUGGGCGAAUACAUAUCACCUAUACAUAUAAUAGGACACAAAUUAAGCGUGUCGUUCUUCGGCCAAGUUGAUGUGGAGUAAACUGUUUCAAUUGAGAAAAAGCAGAAGCAACCAAUCUUGUACGGCUGAGAUCAUAUUUGGCCUUUUUCUAUUAUCAGUAGUUGUAACCUGUAAGCACAUGAGCAAGGACUAAAAGCAUGAGUAUUCUUGGUUAAUUACAAACUUCUUAUUUCCAAUUUUUAUAUUUGGGGUACAGUUAGAUAUUUCUUAAUUUUUUAAAGAUAUUUUUAUGAUAUAGGAUAAGUUUUUUUUAUAUAAUUUUUUUGAAUUCA